AUUGCAAAUUUUUAACGUGAAACAACAACUAUAUUUGCGUUCGAAAUUAAAUAUUUAUAUCUUAUCUUGGGUAUCUAUUUUGCAAUCAAUUUAUUGAAGAGGAAGUAAGCAAGAUGAUAAGCGACGUGCAAUUGGCAAUUUUCUCCAAUGUUUUGGGCGUUUUUCUAUUUCUUUUGGUGGUGGCAUAUCACUAUAUUACGGCCAACGCUGGCAAAAGUUCAGCGAAAUCAAAAUAAACUUUCCAGAUAAAUGUUAAUCGACUUCAUUUUUAUUAUUAAAAUAUAAAUACAAAAAUAAUUUAACGAAAAAAACUA